AUGUCGACCCUUAGGCUCGCAACAGCUGCUAACGUACGCGCUUUCCAAAUUUUGACCGACACUCUCGCUGCAAGCGACGGCAAGUGGACGGAAGGUCUAGAUGGUGAUGCACUCGAGGACGAGAUCGGAAGAUUCAGGGUAUGGGCUGGUAAUCUGGGGGCGCUGCAGAAAGGCCACAGCUCGCUCGAUUACAGACUGCGCGACUCCCCAAAUCUGCUCAGCAGUGCGCUCAAGCUUUUGAACGAGCUCGAGCACAACCUCAAUGAGACGUAUGCCGUUGUAUCCGGAGCUCGUCCGCCUUAUGAGGCACAAACAUCGACGAACGAGGUUGAGGAAGAUGAAAACGAUGAUGGGUUCUUCAGUGAGGAAGACGAUAGUGAUAGCGAUGAGCCCAAGAACGAGUUGAAGAUGAGGUUUGAAGAGGUGGUCGACAUCAUCGAUAACCUUUACAAGCUUAGCGUACGCAUCAGAACGCCGAGCAUACGCUCAAGAUCACUCAAAGCUUCCUCAUAUAUGCCGAAGGAUCCAGAAACCGGAGUGGACAUUCUCGGUGCUUAUGCUGAGCUAGACAGAAAGCAUGUUCAAGAACUACUUUCGCAGCUACGACAGUCGCAUCCUGCGGAUGAUCAAAAAGAGCAAGAAUUCUUAAUCGAGCGGCUGAGCUCAUCCAUCACGUUACGCAGGCGACAUUUCAAGUAUUGGAAGCGACACCGUGACAAACUUGGUGCUUCUGCAGUUUCUGAAGAGGCACCCGAACGUGGCAUAUCUGCUUCGCAUGAAGCGCCUAUUCCGGUCCGUAAUGACAAUCUCGAAGCUCGUCCAACGAUUCCAAUGAUCACCACUUUAAGACCAACACCAAGCCAGAAGACUGGCAAGACUCUCCUGUCAGGCACAGAAGCGACACAUCAUCAUCAGUCUCUAGAUGACAUUGUCGACACCAAGUCGGUGACAAGCUACGCUCAAACAGUAAGGGAUCUUCACGGAAAAGGAAUCGAUUUACCACCUCCACCGAAAGCCGCCAACGGCGACAAAGACUUCGAAUGUCCUUAUUGUUGGGUUGUCUGUCCCGCAAGAUAUGGCAAGGGACGAGCUUGGAAGACGCAUCUGCUACAAGAUCUGCAGCCAUAUAUAUGUACGUACCAGGACUGUGAGAGCUCUGAACAGCUCUUCCGUAGUCGUCGGGAGUGGGCCGAGCAUGAAGCGACUCAUCGUAAACUAUGGCGGUGCCCAGAACACGCAACAGCCUUGUAUAGCUCCCUUUCUGGUCUAGAGAACCAUCUUAGGCAAGACCAUAAUGGCAGCUUUCCCGGAAAUCAGAUAGCGAUCAUUGCCAAGAUUGGGGAGACAACAGCGGUGGACACACGCACCAAGUGUCCGAUUUGCUAUGCGCCUGCAGAUACUGAAGGCCUUGGCGAUCUGCAGAACCACAUUGCAAAUCAUCUGGAGCGCUUUGCUACCUUUGCGCUGCCUCACAGCAGGGAGGACGACUCGGAUGGCGCAAGCAGCGUUGCAAGCCGUGGGAGCUCCAACUCUCAAUCUUUACCAGGAUCGGUGCGCACGGAUACAAGCAAUGAUAUAGUUGCACCCGAAGACGCUUUGGAGUUCAAACAAUCCUCUGAGUCCCUUCAUGUGGCCGAGCCUGGCCAAGGUUUACUGUCCGUAGAGAGCUUGCAGCAGCUUCCCGACGAGAGCCAAAAUCGGGUAGCAAUGAUCUCAGGUCAAGUGGACGAUACGGAUGACUCGGAAGAUGAGCAACCCGACGAUCAGCAGCUCGACGAAGAUAUAUUACCUUCACACAAGAAACACUUAGAGGAGCAGGAAGCAUUCAGACAACACAUCUUGACGUUGCCAGGGGCUUUAUCCGUUCGGUUCUAUCGACGCUAUGGUUCCUGGACUGGCUUGAUAACCUUUGCUGAUGAUUGGAUUGGUGAGGAGGCGCUGACGGUUUUCGAUGCUCAACGCUUCCCCAACAUUGAGUUUCAAAGCAAAAAGGACACGAGCAAAUGGAAGUUCAGCAGGACCAGUGGUACAAGUAGAAAAGACAACGUAUUCAACCGACAGUCAACAGCGGACACGCAGACCACUGAACAUGCAGAUAUUCUUUCCUCUGAGUCUGAAUUGUAUGACGAAGAAGAUCAUGAAUCAAGCAAACCGGCAAUCAUAUCGACAGCCGAAAUACCCACAUUGCGCUCGCUUUACCAGUCUCGGCGGCUGUUGCAGCGCGAUCAAAGCUUUGCACCGAACGACACUUAUAACCAGAUGAUUUCGUUUUGUCAUUACGACCUGACAAGACUGAGAGUGGAUGCUAUUGUUAACAAUGCUCCAGGUAAUUUCAAGACCCCACCUGCUCCAGAUUCUUUGCAUCACGCCAUCUUUAAAGCUGGCGGUUCAGGUCUCAGAAAAGAGGCAAGAUCAAAAGCUAGAGUCAAAGUGGGCCAGGCUGAGCUCACUCACGGACACGCUCUUCCCAGUUCGUGGGUGAUUCAUGCUGCAGCGCCAACUUAUACUGGCUCCAAAGGCGUCGGUCAAUUCAACGUUUUGAGUGAGUGCUAUCGUAGUGCCUUGAAGAUGGCUGCUAGCUAUGAAUUCAAAACGAUCGCCUUUCCUUGCCUUGGUACUGGAGGCUGUAACUUUCCACCACGUGUCGCUGCACGUAUAGCACUGCAGGAGAUCCGAGAGUAUUUAGAUGUACACCCUGAACAUCGUCCCGAGCGAAUCAUUUUCUGCGUCAGAGCGGCAAUUGAUGAGAAGGCGUAUACAGACUUCUUACCGGUAUUCUUCCCACCAACGCAUGGAGACCUGGAUAGGGCGCGCACUUCAAACUGGUCAGCAAAUCGCGCUGCACUAGCUGCUCAGAUACUAGAAGCACGUUCGCAACUUCAAAAGACAUUGAUUGACAUGUCCGACACGUACAUUUUUAGAUCACAGAGUACCGCAUGUGCUCACGACAUCCGGAGGGUCGACUCUGCAUUGACUUCAAUUCGUAAUUACCUUCUGGGGUCGAAAGAGCUCAAGCGGAGUCUAGGAGAUCUUAACUUACUGUGCUCUGUCGUUCUGACCGCCUGUGCUAGUAUCUCGGAGAUCGCUGAACGAGCAAAAGAGAUGGGAUUCGCUAAAGAGACGCAGUCUCUUUGGGAUGAGACCAACACCGACAUGCACGUCAAGCAUGGAUUCGAUCUUUCGACUCUCUUCGACUAUUGCUGGAUGUUUGCGAAUAGCUUGGACGACGUUAUAACACGUGACAUGAGAGAACCCGAUGCGAUGGCAAGAGCACGACAAGUCUUGGAGAGCUAUGGUGUCAAGCAGAAAGGCCAAGAUGUGGAAGGUAUCCGCGAUCAUCUAGACGAGGUCAUACACGUGCGCGAGUCUGAACGCUCUGCCCCAAACAACCGACAAACCAUCCCGGUUGAUCAAAUACCGUCCGUGGCCAGGCUAUAUCUACUCGGAAACCUUGAGGCUAAGCCCACGAUGGCGCAGCCAUCUACUCCUUUCAAUUAUGCGGUUUGCCUGUUGAGAGAGGAUAUAACCAGGCUCGGAGUCGAUGUUAUGGUCAACUCGACGGAUGUUUCCUUUUCCGGCAUGGGCACCCUGGAUCGUAGCGUCUUCAAGAAAGGCGGAUCUGAACUACGUGACCAAGUAAAAUUCUUCGGGAGAUGCGAAGAAGGCGACGUCAAAUUAACUCCUGGAUACCUCCUACCAGCCAAGCACAUUCUCCAUGUCAUUCCACCCGGACAGUUCAGGAAAGACACUAAGAGUGUCCUGAGAAACGUCUACCGGGAAAUCCUACAUACUGCCGUGCUAAUGAAGGCGACUUCUGUCGCGAUACCCAGCAUCGGGACCGGUAUGCUCAACUACCCGCGGCGCGACUGCGCAUCAUUAGCCAUGGAGGAAGUCAAGCGGUUUCUCGAAUCUGCAGAACCGGGUCAUGGUCUCGACAAGAUCAUCUUCGUGGUAUUUUCUUCAAGCGACGAGUUCAUCUACAAAAGCCUUCUGCCAGUCUACUUUCCGCCAACAAAGGGCAAUGCCCCAGAGGAACCGCAACGCGAAGGGCAAGCUCCAGCUGAACAUCAAGCAGCGACGAACACAGAUGGUUCCAUAACAAGAGAAAUUGAGAGAGAAGUGCAGGAACUUUCCAUGCGAGGAAGAGAUGCAAGAGAUGCUUCACUUCCAGCGUCAACUGAACAAACUGCGGAGACCCGAGAAAUUCUGUCCUCAUCGAAUCCACUCGCUAAACAUCCUGACGCCUCAUCUGACUCCGUGGAAGAAGCCUCUCGCAGCGUCAGAUUCAGCAAAUCACCGGCAACAUCCCGUUCCAUGCACAACGACGAGGAAUAUGCAUUGACACAAUUUGAAUCACACGUCAAUGACUGCAAUAUAUGUAGCGAUGGUUUGUUCGAAAGACGCCAUGAACUCUGUCAACAGGGUUUCUCUCUCGCCCAGGCAAUCUCACAGCGCAUGGAAAUGUCUGACGAUGCGAACGUUUACAGCAAAGCGGACAAGAAGAGUGACCGGGUCAAAUUGAAGGUACCGAUGGAUCGUUUGCCUGGCGCCAUGCUUUUGCUUUCGACUAUUGCGCAGAGCAUGCAUACGGGAAACCUCAAAGGAGAUCCAUUUGUCCAAGUCACCAAGUCCCAAACGGCGGAACUCGAGGACCGAUCUGGGGACGACGACACCACACACGGUUCAGUAAAUGAAGAUACGAACGUAUCUGAAUCGGCUACCGAGCCACCUGCGUUGAUACGGGUCGACGUUCUUCCUCCGUUCAUAAGCAGGGUGGACACUUGGGUCAGAGUCCACAAGAACAAGCUCGAAUUGUAUGAAAAUUUUGUUCUUGACCGACACGAAGGAUUCUCUGGAUAUUCUCCGUACCAGUCAAUAGAUCUCACAGAUCCAAACUUCAAUAUACUUCGUGAAGACGCAAGGACCGUGUCGUUUUGGUGGGGGGACGCAGCAAGAGAUAUAAAGGAGAUAUGGCAGUUUCGCAGCGUUGAAGCUGUUGAUUCAAUCGCUCUUUUCGAACUCCUUCAACGAGCUGUCAACCGUAGUCGCCCAAAGCGGAGGAGAAACGUGUCGCCGCAAGUUGAAGAAGCAACAGAUUCGGCAUCGGCUACAGAGCGACGUACAGUAAUCCGGGCCAAGUUCUUUGUUGACGCGCGCAAUGAUUGGGUUUACUCCUUUGUCCAUGUCCAUAAGAGCAAGAUCGAUAUAUAUCUUGAAGACACUUCUCCUGAAGGUUCUCCACACGAGUCGAUAGACCUCACAACGGCGUCCACGAAUGCAAUUGAGACCGGUUUCAACACGGUGUCUUUCGGGACAGACAAUAGAUUAGCAAAACGGCGGUCAACAAGAAUUUGGCACUUUCGCAGCGGUGGAGCUACAACUGGCGUCGCACUGUUCGACAUUCUUCGACAGGCCAUCAGCCGUAACUAUCAGACGAGGCACUUUCCGCUUGUGUCUGAGGUUCACGAAGCGAAAGAUUCAGUGGAGUCGGCCCCACAAACUGAAGACUCUGGAGAAGCUCCUGAUACAGAUCCAUACUCUCUAUGGCAAAAAAGAUUGCGGGAGAUAGAAGAUGAGUACGACAAACACAUCAGUGAGGAAAGAACCGACCCGCAGUCUGCCACGCCUGAUAUUGAGGGAGUUACAGAUUCAGCUUCGACAGUAGCUCCAGCAGCACAAACUGGGGAUUCUGGAGAAGCCAUUAACGCAGACUCAUACCCUCAAUGGAACCAAAGAUUGCGCGACAUCAAAGAUGAGAUCGAUGCUAAACACCGCAAUCAAGAGGAAACCGAUCCACAAUCUACCGCGCACGCCACGAACAAUACUGAAUCCAGCUCGGGUGUCGUAUCUGCUGAAUGGAGGCAGUUUUUGAGAAGGCAAAAGCUGCGCGUACAGAUCCUCGAUUAUCUUGCCAACGAUUUCAAGACCCGGCCUGGCUCCUAUAUAGGGCAGAACACCGAUAUUAUUGCUUCUGAAAUUAACAUUGACACGGAACUAGCCAAUGGCUUAUUACAUGAGCUUGCUGCACAGGAGCGCGUGCACAACACUGUCGAUAACAACACAUGGGUUAUCUCGGAACAGAUCAACGAAUCCACUGUACAUAAGCCAGAGGAACGGUUAGCCGAGUCAGGCGACAUCCACACGGAUGUUCUAGCUGACCAGAUCUUGGUACGCAUGAACGGUGGAGAAUCUCCUGAUGAGAUUAUGUCUGACCUUAGGUCUUCCGGAGUGGCUUUCUUCCCCUUGAUUAUGAGAUUGUUGGCCAAACAUUUCAUUACUUCUGAGGAUCAUGGAUCAUGGGCAUUGACCAACCUGGGCAGAGAAAGAGUGCUCGAGAUACAUGCUUUGGCAAAAGCGCAAUUACCGGCUGCUCGAGGUAUCGGAUCGGUAGGCCCGGGUGGGGGUCCACCAAACGACCUACACGAUCGUGCUUUGUCUUACUUGAGAAGCUUACCAGGAAUGCGCGAAAAUAUUUCUGAACUUGCGGCUACGUCAGAUACCCAGGUUCCAGAAAUUGAACCCGUACUUGGACAGAUAGAAUCUGAUGACUCGGUGGAGAACAAAGAUGACAGCUCUAGCUGGACAGCGAAGAGUAUCCAAGAACCACCUUCCCGAUCUCCACGCGAAGUACAAACCGAACAUUCCUGGAAUCUUGUGUACGAUAGUUCCCGAUCUCGGCGCCAAGUACUAAUUGAUUAUCGCUGGGGUCUUGUGUACGAUAGUAUCAGGGUUACGCGGCAUCGAUUACCAAGAUCACACUCUGAGCGUUUGUCGUUCGCCAUACGUGCCAUGAAGCAAUGGAGGAGGGUCGUUGCUAAGAACAAAGAGGACCGAGAGAAAUUCAAGCAAGAACAAUUGACAACCAAGGGUGCUGCUGCUGCUGCUGCUAGCAAAACUAGUAGUUGGAGAACCGGCAGAGGCGCAAACAAACGGCAACAGACCGAUUCCAGCAGAGCGCUAGCGGAAGAUAUUGAACAAGACCUGGAGUCAAGCACAGCGAUUAACUUGAGACAAGCAAAGAUAGCAAGAGACAGGAAGUACAAAAAAUCGAAUAGGGCGUUAUCGGACGAUAUCGACGACGAGUUGGAGUACUAUGACGGACAAGAGGAGGAUUACGUAGACGAGGAUGUGAACUAG